UUCAUUUGCAAUUCACACAAGAAAAAAAUAUAACCAUGCUGUUUUUAUUAAUUGUUAACAAAUUAUGAGUGUUUAUUGAUUAUUUAUUAAGAAAUGGCUUUUAAUACUCGCUUAUUUGUGGGUAAUAUACCUGAUAAUUUCAAUGAAAAGGCUCUACGAGAUGCAUUUUCAUCAUAUGGGGACAUAACCAAUUUCGAUUUAAAAUCUAAGCCUGGUAUAGAAAAUGAUAAAAAAACUUUUGCUUUCAUAACAAUAACUGCGUCAAAUUUUAAUGUAGAAUCAUGUAUAAAGCAUUUCACCAAUGAAGAAUUUCAAGGAAACAGAUUACAUGUGACUAGAGCUCGUGAGAGUUUUCUGGAACGGUUACAAAGAGAAAGAGAAUCACAGAAAAAUGACAAUAAACAGAUUGAAGAAACAGCAGUAAGCUCUCUAGCUAAUACCUUUCCUAAAAUUAACAAGCCAAGUGUUAAUAAAAGGAAAUUUAUCGAUGAUGAAAUAGAUGAUACACAUAUUGUUAAGAAAAACAAAAUAAAAUAUGACGAAAAAGCUAACAACUUAUCUUCAAACUUCUCCAAUGAUGAUUAUAAUAAAAAACAAAAAUUUUCAUCAGUACCUUCUAAUCAUGAAAAUAAUAAUGAUAAAAAAGAUAAUAGCUUAUUUCAAAAUGAUGAAAAGAAACAAAACUCAGACAAGAAGAGAUUGGAGUCAAUGAAGAGAAAGAGACAGGAAUUCAGUGAAAAGAAAAAUAUUAUAAAAUCUGGCUUAAUAAGUAUAGAUAAAAAACCUAAUAAGAAAGUGAUAUUUUCGGAUACAGAGGAAGAUAAUUCAGCUAAAAACAGUGUUAUACCAAAUGGUGAAAAUGCCAAACAAACUCAUAGGAAAAACAAGUUUAUUGACGAAGCUAGUGAUGAGGAAAUAAAUUUUGAAAUAAAAAAGCAGUUUGAGGGUGUAAAAGGACAAAAAGUAUUAGAUUUACAAUCAAGAUAUAAAACAGAUAAACGUUUUACUUUGGACGAAAGGUUUGUUGAAGAUGAUUCAGCAAGUGAAAAAGAAGAUAAUGUAGAACAACGAGAAGAAAUUGAGAUAGGGCAAGCUGACGAAAAGUCUAAACAACUAAAUAUUUUACAAGAUGUACUUGGAGUAACUAUUAAAACUAGACAAUAUGAUACAACCAACAAAACAAAAACAAAGCUAGGGAUGUUGAGAUUUGACCCAAUGCAACCAGAGCAUGCUAAAUAUUUAGCACCAGUUGAAACAAAACAAGAAUCAUCUAAAAAAUCUAAGAAGAAAAAGUCCAGAAAUAUAGAAUCGAAAGAAGAGGAAACCACACAACAACCAGAACCUGUUGUGGAAAAAGUUGAAGUUUCAAAGGAACAAUUUUAUAAAAUAAGUGAUACAUUAAAGGAAGCUAUUACUCAGCCCAAUUCAUUUAGUUUGAGGAGUUUGUUUACAAAGGAUGAUAAUGUUCAAGAAGAAACUCCGGAAGAAGAUCAAAAUUACAUUCCUCUGCCAAGUAAAAACAUAUCAAAAGUUAAAAAUCCAAUGGAACCUGGUGAGAAAAAUCCAUUUGUUUAUGAUUCUUCCGAGUCAGAAAAUGAAGAAGACACCAAUCAAAAUGCUAAAAUAGUUGUGGAGGAGAAAAUUGAAACUAAAAUGGUCUGGCGAGAAAAGUUUUUCUUUUCAUCAGAUGAUAACAGGUUGAAAGAUGGACUAUUAUUCUUCAGUAAGACUCAUGAAAACACUAUACAGAAAGAAAGGAGAGAAUUAAAAUCACUUAUGAAAAAGAGGAUUUAUAAUAAAGAAAGAAAGAAUACUAUGUUCCAGAAAAAAAUUGGUGGAAGAAAGAAAACUAUGAAAAAAAAAUUUAAGAAAGGUUGAUAUUCAAAUAAAUAAAGAUGUCACAUCUA